AUGGAAUAUAAUCCUCGAUUCACAACAAAAACAGUGAAGCAUGGUGGCGCUAAGGUCAUGGUAUGGGGUAGUUUUUCGUAUGGCGCCGUAGGUCCAAUAUAUUUAAUCGAAGGCAUUAUGGAUCAAAAGGUUUAUGUGAGGAUAUUAGAAGAAUUUAUGAUACCCCAUGCCACAUGGAAUAUGCCACUAAAAUGGAUAUUUCAACAGGAUAAUGAUCCUAAGCACACGAGUAAGUCAGCGAAAGAAUGGUUCAGAAUCAAUGGGAUUGAGCUUAUGCGCUGGCCUGCUCAGUCUCCCGACCUCAACCUAAUAGAAAAUCUAUGGACCGAUAUUAAAAAAUGUGUUGAUCAACAAAAACCCACCAAUUCGAAAGAUUUACGGAAGGUGGUAAAAGAGGCAUGGGAAGGAAUCCCAAUUAAGCGUUUUCAGGAUCUCAUCGACUCAAUGCCACGAACUGAACGUUUAUUUCGCCAGUCUUUCUUGCUUUUUACUGCGAGGAAUAUUCAGCUGUCCCCCACUAAAUCCACGGCGUUUCUCAUUGCCACCUGGACGAAGGAGGUCAAACUGCAUUUAAAGGUGAAGGUCGAUGACACACUAAUGCAGACCGUUAACAAUCCCAAAGUUCUGGAUGUCACCUUCGAUAGUUUGCUCUACUGCUUAGCGCAUACAAGCGCAAUUGCCACUACGAUCCACAACAAGGCCCUCGAAUCACCAGCCGACAACACUUGGGCCAAAGACAAAGAAAUGUUGCUGGUCACAUUUAAAUCAAUCAAGGAUGUCACGCGCAAUAUCAAAAAGGCCGUAGUCGCUGGCACGCUUGAGGAGUUGCGCUCGAAAGUGGCUGAAAAAUUUGAGCAUGUCGAUGACCAGCUGCCAACCAUACAUUUGGAUUCCGAUGGCACUGAAAUCGAUGAUGAGGAAUAUUUUCGUACGCUCGAUGAAAAUACGGAAUUGAUUGCGGUAUUCCCAGGCGAACAUUGGAUUGAUCCCACUCACUAUGUUACUAUUACCAGUCAUCGUGGCAGCAAUAGCGGCAUUGUUGGUGGUGGUGGCAAUGGUGUAGGCGUUGGUGGUGGUGGUGGUGUUGAGCAGCCUGGCGAUACCACCGAUGCUGCGGCUGAGACGGCGCGUAUCAAACAAUUGGUCGGACAACUACAGAACAACCUGUGCAAUGUGUCGGUUUUGAGUGAUCCGGACUUGGAUUCUUUGUCGAAUAUGGAUCCCAAUUCUUUGGUGGAUAUAACGGGCAAGGACUUCAUGGAGCAAUUGAAGGAUUCAGGCAGACCAUUGUGUGCAAAGCGAAACGCUGAGGACCGAAUUAACCUGUUAAAGCUGUUACGCGAGGGCGCCAUUUUCUGCUCCGAACGUUAUCCGGAAGAUGCGGAGGCCAUUGAUAUGGAGAUCAGUCGACAAUUGAAUAUGGAUGUAGCGCAAACAACAACAACAAUUACAACAAACACAAAUACAACAACAACUAUAACAGCAAACACAACUACAGUAAAUAUUGGAGGUGUACUGACAUCUCAGCAACAACAACAACAGACUAUUACAACAAACAAGACAAUCGAACAAGUGCAAAGUGUAGCGGCGGCGGCAGUAGCGGCAGCAGCAGCAGCACAACGCAUAGCGGCAAUGGAGGCACAAAUGACCUCCGUCGAUGUGGUGACCAUCGUCGAGACACACGCGGCGGCAACAGCAAACACACACAAUAAUAAUCAGCAAAAGACGAUGACAGCUGGUGGCAACAAUAAUAACAAAACGAACGAUAUUUGACUACCGAUUUUCAGUAGUAUAACUUGAAAUUUGGAGAGCAUCUGCAAGGAGAAGGGUUAAGUGUACGAACGGCAUGGUAGAGGAAGGCGAACGGUUGCAGCUUUUAUUGUGGCUGAUGAAUUGAUAACGGUAAAUCAAUAUGUAUUGUAUGUAAUUGACAGUUAACGUACGGCUUAUGUGUAUGCGAAGGUACUACAAUAAAAAAUUGAAAUUAGUUUUA